AUGGUGACAACCUUCAUCUAUAACCACACAUAUAUUGUGAGGCUCAUGAAAAAAUAUACAGGUGGUAGAGAUAUUGUUCGUCCUGGUGUUACCCGAUUUGCAACACAAUUUCUACAAUUUCAAGCAAUUGUGAGACAAAAGGAAGGUCUUGAAAACAUGUUCAAUUCUGAAGAAUUUAGAAAAACAAAAUAUGGUAAAGAAAAUAAAGGUCUGGGAUAUGAAGCAAGGAAAAUUGUUAUAAGUAGGGACUUUUGGAGUAAGGCUAAUGAUAUAUUGAAAGUAUUUGAGCCAAUUGUAAAAGUUUUGAGACUAGUUGGUGGUGAUGAGAAACCAACAAUGGGUUUCAUAUAUGAAGCCAUUGAUCGAUCAAAACAAGCAAUUCAACAAAAUUCUCGUUAUCAUUCCAAAUAUAAUGAUAUCAUUGAAAAACGUUGGAAAUUCAUGCAUUCUGAUCUUCAUUCUGCUGUUGUGUAUAAAGAAACAUUUAAUGGAACAACUAAUGUAAUCAUGAAGAUAAAAAGAAACAUGGAUGAUCAAAUCAAAGUUUUACACCAACUAACACUUUUUAGAGAAAAAAGUGAAACUUUUGGUACACCUCUAGCUCAAAAAUCUUGGUCUAAAAUGGAUGCAGCCCAAUGGUGGAAAUACCAUGGUUCAUAUGCUUAUGAACUUCAACGUUUGGCUAUGAAAGUUGUUAGUCAAACAACCUCUGCCAUAAACUUUGAUACAGAUGAUGAAAAUGUUGAUGAUAAUAGUGAAACUAAUGAAAGUGGUGGUGGUUUAAGUCCACCAAGCAGUAAUAGUGGUGACGGGGGUGGUAAUGAAGUGGAUAAUGAAGGUGAAAGUGAAGGUGGAAGUGGAGGUGGUGAUGAUGAAGGAGAAGAUGAUGAACUUGAUCCAUAUCAUGAAACACCACUAAAUUAUAGGCGUCAUAGGAACUUAACUGAUAUGGAUCAUUCUGACAACUUGCUAAUUGAGACAAGAGGAAAUGUGUCACAAUCUGGAAGAAAAGGGAAAAGGAAACAAAAUGUUCCACUUGAAUAUUCUUCCUCUUCUAGUAUUGCUCAUAGUUUUAGUGAUUUUAGGAUUGGUGAUUCAGCACAAAGUAGUCAACAAUCUUAUCCACCUGUUUAUCAAUAUUCAUAUUUCAACCCUUAUAACCAAUAUCCUAGUGAUCAAGCUCCUCAGUACUACCAACAAUCAACGAAUUAUCAUAAUCAUUAUCAUCAACAAUCAAGUGAUGAUUUUUUUGGUUAUGUCUUUGGACAGGGAGCUACACAAGAUGACAGUUAG